CCCACGUCUCAAAUAUUCUAGAAACUAUAUACUUUUCUCUUUCUUUUUCUCCUCGUUCUCGUCGUUUUCGUUUCCCCUCUUCAUCAGCGGCUGACCUAGCUAUAGCCACCCUUCCUCUACCGAAAUAUGGAGCUUUGUACGGCUCAAUCCAUGCUUAACAAUAAGCUUUCUAGUCACCAUCACCCUCUGGUGCUUCUCUUCCAAAACCCCAAUCACCUCCUCCAUUCAAACUCAAAGCCUUCCCUCAUCCCUCAUCGGCGAUCCCCACUCGCUCCCCUCACUGGUGCACUCCAAUCUCGAUUGCUCUUUGUUUCAAAGUCAUUGUCAAGAGAAACAUCAGAAGAAGUAUCUAGUGGAGCAAAUCAGUAUUUUGGCGAAAAACGUGAAGAUGUGAUUAGUUUGGGAGAUGUUCCAUUAGUAGAAAAGAAAGUCGAUGAUGAUGAUGAUGAUUUUACAACUAAAGUUCCAGAAGAACAGUUAUCUGAUGGGCCAACGCCAAUUUUCGAGUUCCUGGAUAAUAUCAAUUUUGAAUCCGAAGACACAUACUCUUUCUUACUUUUUGGUGGCGGGGCCUUGCUUACCCUGUGGCUAGCAUCAGCUGUUGUUGGAGCAAUUGAUUCUAUCCCGGUGUUCCCCAAAUUGUUGGAGAUUGUUGGUCUUGGCUAUACAGUUUGGUUCGCAUCUCGCUAUCUGAUAUUCAAGAAAAGAAGGGAGGAGUUAGUUGCUAAGAUUGAAGAGCUAAAGGAGGAAGUUCUUGGAUCAAAAUGAUAUGAUUGAUUAGGGUAAAUGCCUUUAGCUAAAAUAAUUGUAGAGUUUGACUUGUUGCAAUGUAUAUCAUAUGGAUAAGUUUUUUCUUAGAUUUAUAAUCUUCCUUUAGUAAAGAAAAUUGAAGGAACGGAAAUAGAUAAAGUAGGGGAGGAAAUCGCCAUGCAGGAUCCAUAUUCUGUUUUGCGUAAAGUGCUUAUUCAAUCUUAGUGCCGUUUAUCAAUAUAUGUUGGAGUCACCCUCUUCAAAUCCGUGCCUUUUUCUUUGGUCGUUUUUUGACUCGUUGAAUAUUGUUUGUAUAACCUUUUAAAAGAAAUUGUUUGUAUAAAAAAAAAGGCGUUACAGUCU